AUGCGUGCAUUCCACUUGGCGCUCGCUGCCAGGCACUUGCCGUUGAGGAGCACAGCAACCGUCGCGUCUCGUCCAGCGUUCUCGCCGUUGACGCGUCGAUACGUUACAAGUGGCAGUGGCAACGUUGCUUCUAGGUCCGUUGCGAGGCUUCUCGAGUGGAAGCCCCAGGAAGAGGUCCGCGAUGUCGUCGUUAAUGGCUUCAUCCGCUCGGUGCGGUCCAUGAAGUCGCGCUCCUUUGUCGCCCUUGGAGACGGCUCCUCCCUUGCUUCUCUGCAAGCCCUCGUGCCCACGAACCAGGCCCAAGGUCUCGCCCUCGGAGCCGCCGUUCGUCUCACCGGGGCCUGGGUUCCCUCAAAGGGCACCGGCCAGUCCCAUGAGCUCCACGUCGAUAGCGUCCAAGUCCUGGGUCCUUCCGACCCCAAGACAUUUCCGAUUCAGAAGAAGUACCAAACCCCUGAGUACUUGCGAACGAUACCUCAUCUUCGGCCGAGAACUCCUUUCAACUCCGCACUCCUCAGGCUUCGGUCCGAAAGCAUCGCGGCAUUGACCCAGUUCUUUGCCACUCGUGAAUUCGUCCAGACUCACCCUCCUAUUCUGUCCUCUUCUGACUGUGAAGGCGGCGGAGAGGUUUUCAAGGUCGCCCCUGCGGAACAAGACGAGGGUGAGGCGGCCGACUCGUUCUUCCGAGCCCCCAAAUAUCUCACUGUAUCAACCCAGCUGCAUCUUGAGGCACUCGCACAGGCUGUCGGCAAUGUGUGGACUUUGUCCCCGACGUUCCGCGCAGAGAAGAGCGACACGUCGAGACACUUGAGCGAGUUCUACAUGCUUGAGGCGGAGAUGAGCUUUGUGGAUCAGCUGGGUGGCGUCAUGGAUGUUGUCGAAGACAUGCUACGAUGUAUGACCACAAGUCUUUACGAGUCUCGGGUGGCUCAGGAGCUUCGAUCCCCAGGCCAAGACAGGGCGUCCGGCGAAAGCGCUGCUGACAGAGCCUCGCCAGAAGAAGUCGCCAGAAGAUGGCAGGGAAUGAUGCAGCCUUCUUGGCCACGUGUGACGUAUGCUGAAGCCGUCGACAUUCUGGAGAGAGACGCUCAAUCGUUCAAGCAGCCGCCUUCGUGGGCCGCAGGGCUUCAGUCAGAACACGAAAAGCACAUCGCCCGCGUGGUUGGAGAGGGGAAGCCGGUCUUUGUUACCGACUACCCAUCAGAAAUUAAGCCCUUCUACAUGCGUGCAACUCCGGAAACCGGAUCAGCAACCCGCCGUACCGCCGACUGCUUUGAUCUCCUGGUGCCAGAAUAUUGCGAGAUUGCCGGCGGCUCGAUGCGUGAGCAUCGCCUGCCACAGCUCUUGGAUUCCAUGAAAAAGCACAAUAUGGCCACACCUUCUCUGGACAACACCAGCCCUCCGACUGUGGACGACCCUAUGCCGCCGCCCGGCAGCUUGGAUUGGUAUGUCGACUUGCGGCGUUGGGGAUGUCCUCCUCACGGGGGUUUUGGACUCGGCUUCGACCGUUUACUCAGCUAUCUGCUGGGGUCCAGAGCAUCCGGGACACAGUGA